AUGGCAAAUCUAGAGAACAGAGGAGCAGAAACAGAGCAAAGAAGUACCGAAGAAAGAAUAAAUCUGCUUGAGGAACAAUUCAAACUAAAGGAAAAUGCAUUUGAAGCCUCUUCGAAGAUGUCCAACGAAAAGGAAAAAGAUUUGAAGAACAGAAUUGACGAUUGCAGAGUAAACUCAAUGAUCUUUGUAAAUGUAGCCAAGAGCGACUAUCUUCAAGAUUUGGUUAAUGAAGUAGCGUCCCUGAGAGAGCAAAAUGGAUUGAUGGAGAUGGAAUUGAAAUAG